AUGUUUACAAUAGCUGUGGUACCGAUACUUACACGAAUUUUAAUAAAGAAUCACAGUCAUAAAGAAAAUAAUAAAUGUACCAAGCCAGACGUGCAUGUUUGUACCAUUUCUGAAUGUAUGGUGGAUCCUUGUAAACCAGAACCAUCUGUGGUAAUCGUAGGUGCUGGGAUAGCUGGGCUAUCAGCUGCUCAAAGACUUGUUCAAUGUGGUAUCAGCAACUUUACUGUACUAGAAGCAACUGACAGACCUGGUGGAAGGAUCCAUUCCUGUUGGCUUGGCGAUGUCAUCGCCGAAUUGGGUUGUGCAAAUAUUUCAGGAGCUUGCGUCGCCAAUCCGGUUUUCAAUCUAGCAGCGCAAGAAGGUCUGUUAAAACCGCCUUUGAAUCCAGUGAAUCCAUGUAAAGGACUUUAUUGUACCAGCGAAGGACGUGCUAUAGAUUACGCAACCUCUAUGGUAGCCUACCAUACUUUCAAAGCCUUACAACAGGAAGCUAAUAGUUUGUUUAACAUGGGAAGCGGAAAGGAACACGGAUCAUUGAGAAAUUUUUUAUAUUUGAGGAUCCAACAGGAGAUUCAAAAAUUUCCGGAACAGCAACGUUACGACGUUUCCAGAAUACUUUAUGGAUUGACUAACAAUUUGAGAUACGAAGUGGGAGAUGACUUGAAUAAUGUUAGCGCCGAUAAUAUUGGUAGUUUAGUUGAAAUACCUGGUGGAAAAAUUGGAGUACCUUUCGGAUUCGUCGGAGUAUUGAGUCCUUUGUUAAAAGAUCUCCCCGAAUGUUGUUUGAAAUUCAACAAACCAGUGGGUCUAAUCAGAUGGGGAGCGGUCCAAGGAAGAAAUAAAGGACCUAGAGCGAUUGUUCAAUGUUGUGAUAGCGAAGAAUUUUGCGCAGACUAUGUCAUAAUUACCGUUUCGUUGGGAGUAUUGAAAGAACACGGAGAAAAAUUAUUUUGUCCGGCUCUACCGUCACCUAAAAUAGACGCUAUUCAUUCGCUUGGUUAUGGUAACGUUGAUAAGAUAUUCUUGGAUUACGAUCGGCCGUUUUGGGUAUGGUCGAACGGUACUAUUAAAUUCGCGUGGUCUCAAAACGAACUAGCCCAUCGAACUGAUUGGACGAAAGGUAUAAGCGUCAUAGAAGAAGUCGAAGGUAGCAAACACGUACUUUGCGCUUACAUCAGCGGACCGGAAGCUGUUGUAAUGGAACAUGCUACAGACGAAGAAGUCGCCGAAGGAAUAACGAAAUUACUCAGAAAAUUUACCGGUGACGCUUCUUUACCUUAUCCCUCGACUAUUUUGAGAUCCAAAUGGUCUUCUGAUCCGUAUUUCUGCGGUGCUAAAAGUUAUAUGAAUUUGAAAUCGAAUAUAGGGCAUCAGUGUGAUCUAAGUAGUCCCGUACCAGGUACAUGUGAUCCCGUACCGCCGAUUUUACUUUUCGCAGGUGAAGCAACGUGCGCCGGACACCAUUCAACCGUUCACGGAGCUAGAUUGAGCGGUAUAAGGGAAGCGGAGAGGGUGAUACAACUUACCAAACAAUAUGGCGGACCUCCUCCUGGCGAAUGUAACUAA